AUGGAGGGAUUCGACGGUUCAGAUUUUAGUCCUCCAGCUGAUUUAGUUGGCGUUGACGGUGCAGUCAUGCGGAACGUCGUUGACGUCACGAUAAAUGGUGACGUCACUGCUCCGCCGAAAGCUGCGCCAAGAAAAAGUGAAUCGGUUAAGAAAGUUCAUUGGAAUGAUGUAGACCAAGGACCGAGUGAAAAGGAACGAAUAGAUAUACCCGAGAUUUCAGGUCUAUGGUGGGGCGAGAAUGAACAUGGAGUGGACGAUGGGAGAAUGGAGAUACCUACUACUGGUGUAGGUCGCGUCCAGUUUCGUGUCCGAGCAGUGAUUGAUCAUCUAGGGAUGCGAGUCUUUGGAGUCUUCCUAAUUUUCUUGGACAUCAUCCUCAUGAUCAUUGAUCUCAGUCUUCCAGGAAAAAGUGAAUCUUCCCAAUCCUUUUAUGACGGGAUGGCUUUGGCUCUUUCUUGUUAUUUCAUGCUGGAUUUAGGAUUAAGGAUAUUUGCAUACGGGCCCAAGAAUUUCUUCACCAACCCCUGGGAGGUUGCUGAUGGUUUGAUUAUCGUUGUCACAUUCGUCGUCACGAUAUUUUACACUGUGUUAGAUGAAUACGUGCAAGAAACAGGAGCCGAUGGUUUGGGGAGAUUGGUUGUGUUGGCCCGUUUGCUGCGUGUGGUUCGAUUAGCAAGAAUAUUUUAUUCCCAUCAACAAAUGAAGGCUUCAAGCAGAAGAACAAUAUCACAGAACAAGCGUCGAUACAGGAAAGACGGGUUUGACCUUGACCUCACCUACGUCACUGACCACGUGAUUGCAAUGUCGUUCCCAAGCAGUGGACGACAAAGUUUGUUCCGAAACCCGAUCGGGGAGGUAAGCCGUUUCUUCAAGACGAAGCACCCGGACAAGUUUCGCAUCUACAACUUAUGCAGCGAGAGGGGUUAUGACGAAACAAAAUUCGACAAUCAUGUCUACCGUGUUAUGAUUGACGACCAUAAUGUACCAACCUUAGUUGAUCUUCUAAAGUUCAUAGAUGACGCAAAAGUAUGGAUGACGUCAGACCCAGAUCACGUGAUAGCGAUUCACUGUAAAGGCGGGAAGGGAAGAACUGGUACCUUGGUCAGCUCGUGGCUGCUUGAAGAUGGGAAGUUUGAUACGGCAAAGGAGGCGUUAGAAUACUUUGGAAGCAGAAGAACCGACUUCGAAGUGGGUGACGUUUUCCAAGGAGUAGAGACCGCAUCCCAGAUCCGCUAUGUAGGUUAUUUUGAGAAAAUCAAAAAGAAUUACGGAGGACAACUUCCCCCGAUGAAGAAGUUAAAGGUAACUGGAGUCACCAUCACUGCGAUACAAGGAGUCGGUAGGGGCAAUGGUUCUGAUUUAUCAAUGCAAAUCGUAUCUGAACGGCAAGAGGUUCUUCUCUGCAAGUUUGCUGAAGGUUAUAACUGUGCGUUACAAUACGACGCCACGGAUGAUUGUGUUACGUGUGAGGUGAAAAACUGUCCUAUGUUAGCAGGAGAUAUUAAAGUCAGGUUCAUGUCGACGUCGAAAUCUCUGCCACGGGGAUACGACAACUGCCCAUUUUACUUUUGGUUCAACACGUCAUUGGUUGAAGGAGAUCACGUGACUUUAAAACGAGAAGAGAUCGACAAUCCGCAUAAAAAGAAAACUUGGAAAAUCUACAGGGAUAAUUUCACUGUAAAACUUACGUUUUCAGAUGCUGAAGACAUUUAG